GCGGGGCUUGGCGGCCUCCGCCCCUUCCAGCCCGGGCUGCCAGCGGGCGAGCCAGGCGCGCGCCCCGCGAUGGCGGCCGGGGACGCGCUGGAGGAGGACCGCCCCUGGCUGGUGCCCUGGCUGCGGUCGCCCGCGGGGGCUUGGAAGCGCAGGGGG